GCAGUCAAUUCCUAAGACAAAUAUGAGACCUUAGUAUCAAUAACAACGAGGGUACAAAAAAUUUUCAAUUCGUAUAAAAAUUAUCUAAGAUAAUUGCUAAUAUAUAAUCGAUUAUCAUAAAUUUCCACUAAUUUUAAAUAAAAAUGGCAGUUACUUAUGUUGAAAAUGACAUUGGUCGAAAAUGGGAUCGGUGUUUCACUGACGCAGUUAUUAAAUUAAGCGGUGGUGUCGUGAUUGGAUCUGUUAUUUCUUUGAUGUUUUUUCGAAGAAAAUGGCCUGUUGUAAUUGGUGCUGGUUUUGGUCUAGGAAUGGCGUAUUCAAAUUGUGAAAAAGAAAUAAAUUCUAUGAUACAUCAAUCCAAGUCUUAGAUGCAUAAUUGUCACAGCUGUACAUCAAAGUUGUUACUGUUGGUACAAUGUAAUAAAUUUUGCAGAAUAAUAAUAGAUAUUAUAUUUUGUUUCAUUGUUUUAAAAUAAAUUAUAACAAAUUAA